AUGGUCCAAGGAAAAAAAAUUCUUGUGACUGGAGGAGGAGGAUAUUUUGGCCACAAGCUGGGGAAUGAGCUGAAGAAGUUGGGAGCAGUGGUUGUAUUGUUUGACAUCUCGUGGCCGUUGGAUGAUGUUGUGUACGAGCAAAUGGAGUGUUUUCAGGUAGAGACUUGAUCGGUAAAUUACGUAAUUCACUUUGAUUAUUUUGCCAAAACAACUCCAUUCGGAUCUUGCCUUUGUGCUACGGACAGACGAAAAUAUUAAAUUUUACCAUGGGGAAAAUGCAUGGAAGUUAUUUGAAUUUGCUGUGUCAGACACCCGGUGGUGGGAAGUCUUUUCUAAACAUUGGACACCCGCCAUUCUAGAAUUCUCAUAUAAUUUCCACUUCACCUUACGAAUGAUAAUGUGAUAUCAGGAAUUAAGUGAAUUUUUUUUAAAAUCUAAUGAUAAAGUUAAGUCUCCUUUUAUGUCAUAAGAUUCAUAUUUAUGUUUUAGGGGGAUAUAACAAGUAAAGAAGAUGUAAGAAAGAUAUUUAUCAGUCAUCAGAUUGAUGUGGUUUUUCAUAGUGCAUCAUAUGGAAUGUCUGGAAGAGAGCAAGUUAGUAUGUUGUACUUAUUGAGUGAAUGGUAGGGCCAGACAAAAAUACAUUUGCCUCUGGGUUGUGGAUUCAAAGAUGUGCAGAGCUCUGUCUCUGUGCUUGUUUCAAAUGUCACAAUUUAGAGAUAAAUGUUACUCUGUCUGCUCUGUCUACUCUGUCUGCUCUGUCUACUCUGUCUGCUCUGUCUGCACUGUCUUUCUCUAGUCCAACCCUACUCAGUCAAAACUGAUUCUUUUAGACUGAAAUCCUGUGCAGUAGAUGUACCAAUACUGCUUGUUGCCUUUGCUCCUUAACUGGAAUAAGCUGCGACAUGAUUGUUCAUUGGGUAGCAAGCUGUCCUUCACCUUAAAUCCUGUUUAUAUCGGUAUCCAUAUUCUCCAUACUGUUCCCUAUACAUAUCCCAUGGUACUGACAAAGAGAAUCUGUUUAACAAUCAAAGUAUUUGUAAUCUGGUGAUCAUUUCCUUUAUUCUAAUGAUCCUAUUGUUUGACUCAGGGGGGAUACUGUUAGGAGAAUUUAGAUGCUAGUCAUGUUAAGGGAUUAAAGGGUGUUUCUCAGUUGGACUGUUCUUAGGCAUGGUCCACAUUGAGAUGGCCGUGGUAGAAAUCAUCUGGAACUGGAAUGGGAAUUCCACUCUUUAACUGGUGAUGUGUUUGAAAAUCAGGCUCUUGUGGCAUCUGGCUGUAUUUUAUCAUGAAAAACAGUAGAUCAAGAUGAAACAAAGGAAAGAAAUGGGAUCAAUUUUAAAAUUAAACCAUGCUUUAUUUUAAAUUACGAGUGUUAUUUUUCAGUUACGCAGAGAACAGAUAACAUGUGAGAGAUCUCUCUUAAGUAGAUUUUUUAAAUCCUUUAUCUGUGUUAUCAAGUUUUCAAAAAUGUUCCAUGCAUGUUCCUUGUACUUCUCAAGAUAACUGAAGAAGCUCUGACAACUUCUUCAAUUAAAAAGAUGUACGAGGUUGUGAAAUUGUGACAAAAAAAAAACAAACAUAUACAAAAGUGAAACAGCAAAGUUUGUUUGAACAGAAAACUGGUAGUUGAUAGUUUUCUUUCAAUAUCAACUUUUGCUGAGAGUCUGAGGGAAAAGUAGUCAUGGAUUAAUAAAUCAUAAUUUAGUUCAGGUAUGAGAAAUUUUCUCUUUUGACUUUUGUCAGCAUCCUGACCAUUAUUCCAGAACAAAGUCCAUAGCAGAGCAAACUGUUUUGAAUGCUACUGGUGUACCAUUGAAAGGUGAGAUUUUUAUAUCAACAUUCCUUUAUUGAGAAAAAAAUUCUUCAAUUUCUAAUAAAUAUUUGCCUGGGCUUUUAGAGGUAAAAUUCAGUGCGGCUUAGUUUUUUAUGAUACAGAUGUUGAGGUACAUUGUAAACAUAAUUUAAUUGCCACGAGGUGUAAAAUAAUACCUGAGAUUCAGAAGUGAUCGUCCAUUCUGAGAGCAUUGACGUUACAGUUUUAGGUGCAUUUGGGAAAAAAUGAGUGGAACUGUGUCUGCAUUAUGAGGACUGUUAUUAAGUACCUAUUUUUUUCACAUGUUGCCACAUUAAUAAUACCUUUGUUAAUUCAAAUAUUGUAUGGCAAUGAAAUGAUGAGGCAUCAUAUGAAUCAAUUUUUGUAAAUCACGUACUUCAGGUGAAAAUAAGGGUUUCAAAAAAUAAAAAAAAACUAAGCCUUAUACAUAAUGUAGAACAGAUAGGUUAAAGUUUAUCUUCAGUCUGUCUAGUAACUGUUCCUUCAGGUUAAUUUUUUUUGUUAAAAACCUUACUUAUUUACAUUGUAAUUUCAUACUCAGAACUACACUGGAAUGUUCUGUUUUUAUGUAAUGUUGCUAGUUUACUUUUCUUUAUUUUAGUUUUCUUUCUUCAUUCUUCACUUUUUUCCCUAUGUUUGUUUGUAGUUUGAUUUAUUGUAUGCAUGCUGUAACUUUUCAAGUGAAUAUUUAUAAAAUUAUUCCUUGAUGAAAAAGUAUUGUGGUUAUUGAACCUUAAACAAACAUGCAAGCAGUUAUAUAUUAAGCAGUGUAAGCUCAUUUUCUUCUGGCCCUAUAGUUUUGUCGUACUCUUUUGCUUAAACAAACAGAACUUUCUAUAUCAACCCUUUGGCCCUAAGAGUGACUAACAUCUAAUUUCUCCUUACCAUAUGACCCCUGAAUCAAACAUGAAAGUCAUGAGAUUAGAGGAAAUGAUCACCAACUAAAGCAGCUCUUGAUCAUUACGCAAAUUCUCCUUUUCAGCCUCUUUGCAAAUGUGUGGAUAACAGUAUGGAGAAUAUGCAUACUGAUGUUAGGGUGUAAAGGUUUAAGCAGUGUGAGCCCAUUUUCUUCUGGCCCUAUAGUUUUGUCUUUCUCUUUUGCUUCUCUGAUUAGAUUAAAGUUUGGAAUUCAGAUUUAAGAUUUGAUAAAAUUUCCUUUUCCUCUCUUUCAUUUUCUUUUAUCUUCUUUCCCUUGUCUUAGUCAAACAAAUCAAAGAAAAAAUGAAGGAAAAGAAAUUAAAAUUUGGAAAGAUGCCCUAACUCUAGAGAAAUAAUUUAUGCCUCAGGUCCUAAACUGUCUCUUGGAAUCAUCAUUAUUUGGCAUUUUCUGACUGAAAUUUUUUUUACAAUUUUUCAAAUAGGUUGAAGGUUUGGGAAACAAAUCUCCCAAAUUAAAGUUGUCACUAACUCUUGUAUAUAUGGUUAGUAAGUUAAAUUUAUUUAUUUUCAUUUAUGGACCUCUCAGUUAUUAAUGUCUAGAUUCAUAUUAAUAAGAUAAAUACUCACAUUUUUUGUUUUCUAUGAUUUUUCUUCUAUCCUUUGUUUUGUUGUUCUGUACAUUAAUCUGUCCACUUUUAAAAGCUUAUUUAAUUAAUUUAUACAAAUUUAUUAAUUCAUUCAUUUAGAUGACAUGUCAAGUUAUCAUAAUUGUUUUGAUGUGUAUGACUUACAGUUAUUUUCAGUUUUUCUUAAGUCCCUGGUAGUUUUUAUUUAUAUUAUUUGAUAAUAGGGUAUGUAGUCAUCUGAUUAUUUCUAUUAUCCUGUUUAUGAAUGACAAAGUGGGGUUCUAACUGGCAGUUUUUCGUUUUAGCACUGAAUCAAGGCAUGUGAUUGCAUGCAGACCAAAUUGGAUUUUACAUGAACCUAUUUCCAUUAUAACCCAGUUAGCUCUGCAAAACUAGCUCAUUGGUCACUACUUUUAUCUACUGAGAUUAAUUAAAGAUUAUAAAAUGGUUGGAUUAUGAUUGGUCAGUUAUAUGAUGAGGAAAAGAGAGAACACAAACUCCAUUAAAAAUGUUAUUUUUACAAGAGAGAUUUUCUGUUUGCAGCAUUUUUAACAGAACUGGUUCACUCAGUGAUUGGAAAAUAUAUUUAUAAUUUUCAGCCAUUCCUCAUUAGAAAAGAAGUACUAUUCACCAACAAACUUACAAAACCAUACAUGAAAAUAAGUAGCAAUGACUAUAUGCCAUCUAAACAAAUAGGAAAUUGUGUAAAAGUGAUAGAGGUGUUUAAGGACUAAUAGGUUCUGACAAUAUUAAAGCAUUAUUCAGCAAAGAUAUGAUGAGGUUAGCCAAACACAUUGGCUUAUCAGGUUGUUAUCUAGACUUAACACCAAAUUCUUAAUCUCUUUCCAAGAAAGUAUAGGGAAGAUAGAAUGUGGGAGAACUCUGGGUCAGAUCUGGGAAGGUUAAGGGUGAAGUGACACCAAAACAUGAGUGACUUUCUGUGACUUUUCAGCUCUUAAACCCAUCAACAUAUUAUUUCACCUUGCUAGUUUGCAUACAUUUCCUUUUUCAAAUUAUGUGAUCCAUUCAAUUUCUGUUUUAUGAUCAGUUCCUUGAUUCUCCUGAGUAUUGCUGAUGACAGUAUGCUGAUGGUGUGGGAAGAAAUGAAAUGUUGAUCACUUCAAAGGAUUAAACACGCAUAUCAAUUUGAACUUCAUUUGCAAUGAUGCAUGAUAACCAAGACAAAAUAUCAUGAAGAUUAAGUGAUUGUAAUAGAGAAAAUAUGAAUGAGGGGAUUAUGAGUUGAUCCAGUUUUAAAUUCUCUGAACCAACAUCAUGAGAUGGCAGACAGUAACAGAUGAGUAGCACAAUCACCAUACCCACUUCUGUAACAUGUACGGAAAAUGUGAAAAAUGCUAGUUUGGGACAAAAUCACUUCUUUAGGUCUAUUUUAAACUCACAUUUACUAUUACAACUGAUUUAUUUCAAACUAUUUUAUUUUUGUCACAUUUGAUUCAAAUUUGUAUUUCCCAGAAUCCCUUGUGGGUGUGGUCUUUUUCACAAAUAAUCAAUUUCGAGUUCACUGACAUAGUAAAAAGUAGAAAUAAUAAUAUUUUGUAUUACAUGGAGGCUAGUAUCUCCUCAGUGAGAUCAACUGGCACUCUAAAAAAACAGACUUUCUACCUCUUUUUACAACUUGAAGAUCACAUCACCAUUUUUCUCUUGGAAAUUCAGCUCUCUUUUUGUGAUUCUUUUCAUUAUAUUUUAGAUUCCUUAGCCUAUUCUUUUCCUGCUUUUUCCUCCUCCACUCUUUGAUCCUCGCAAGCUUUUCUUCCUUUUCGUUAACCAUACCUCUUGUCAAGCGCACUUGAAGCGAUUUUUACAGAUUGCUAAAUCUCAGAAAAAUUAUUGAGCUUGAAGACCCAGCGACCCUUGAUAACGUCGCAGAAACCGCCAAAACAGGAAAGGUUACUAUAGCCGCAAACGCUAAUCACUCGUAUUUCAAACUUUACUAGAACAAACUUGACACAUUGUUGAAUACGGUAACUGAAAAUGACAAAAUUACAAACACGCGAAUGAGCAUAAAAUAACUUACAUCGUAUGAGUGAAAGUACUGGAAAACGACAGAGCGAAAUAAACAAGGAUACUUACAAGACGAAUGUGACCAAACCAAAGACGAAAACAUGAAACCCAGAGCUAGAUAUGUAACGAUAAUUUUCACAAACUAGACAACUAACCAAAUAAAUUACGCGCAACCAAUAUAUAUACGAUAUGCAAAUAAAUAUCACAAGUGCAAAACUGGUAACUGACAAAGGACACUAAUGAAGACGAGAAAAUAAACACCUAACACAAAACUAUGAAACACCAACACUAACAAAAAAUGAUAAUACAAAUUCCUGCGCCUACACUUACCAAGCUAUUUUCGACACGGAGAUGAAAAGAUGAAGGCGAAAAUGGCGGAGCAAACAGCAGAUUUCAUAGCGCUUUUGGUGGCAUUUGUGGCGAGACUCCGUUCUCAAUAUGGCGUCAACAUGGUAAAAAGCGUAGCGACUUGGUCAAAAGUGAAUAUUUUGGCCGUUUCUAGAGAUAUGGACCCGAAAACUUGGAAAUGACAAGAGAAACUUAUGAGCAUUGAAGUGUAAUCGAUUUUGAAACCCGACUUCGCCGUGUUUGAAGUAUAGUAGCGAAGGAGCAGGUAAGUUGAUGAAAAAUAUUAUUGCGUAAUCAGGUUUUACAAAACCGUAGCGACUGUUUUACACUGAUAUUUCUCCGUUUAUAGUCAAUCCUUUAGACUGAUUUUUCGCUAUUUUAGAACACCAAGUAUGAGUAUUUGGUUAAUGUGUUUUUGUUCCCACAGGAUUCCAGUUCAGUCAAUCUACGGACAACAACUUGGUGUACUUCCAAAUUCUGAAACCCAGCGUUACACAAAGGAUACUUAAGAAUGAUGAAUCUUUUCUAUUCGUUUUAAUAAACUUGAAAUGUCAAAGUUUUGCUCAAAUGUAGUGUUUAUUGUGUGUUAUCAUUAGGUGUAAUUUGUUUAGUCCAACGAGCUUUCUUUUCAGUGAAAAAUGUAUUUCAAAAAUUUCACCACUGAUAUUGUGUUACGCGUUACAACCAAAAUUGGCUCGAUUUUUCAUCUUUCACGGGUAUUUUCUCGAAGACAGUAAUGUGGUUUUCUGAUUUUUUGCUUUUACAAUAAUCAAUAAGAACAACUUUACCUGUAAGCAAAGAUUUGGCUUCAAUGAAAAUGUAAAACAGAAGAAAUCAUUGAAAGUUUGCAGUCAACCCCCUAUGGGCAUGGUGAUUGUGCUACUCAUCAACAUUAUUAGUAGGUCUAAAGAUAAACAUUUGGUUGCUUAAAAUGAAAUGAAUUUUAGACAUGUACAAUUACUGAAAGAAUACUUUUCCUGGCUGAAAGCUAGUCUAAAGAUCUUUCAUACUCAUUGUUUAACAUUUAAUUUACCUAAAUCCCUGUUCCACUUACAAGGUAGUGCAGUUCACACUUUUCUUUCACUUUAAGUCUAAAGGAAGCUUUAACUCUACUACAUCUUCACAGGUGACAAACAUCUUCCACCAAACUUUGCUGAGAAUGUACCUUUACAAAGACUGGUUUCUUGCCAAGAUGUGGCAGAUAUAGUGUACUCUUUCUGGCUAGUGGUGCUUCAGCUUUUAUCACAGCAAACACACUGGUGGUAGUCACUGGUAGUUCAAUCACAAAUUGUUUCCAUGGCAACAGUGAACAAGGCAAUUAGCUAGCUGUGAUCCACGAUACUCAGGUGUCCAAUUAGUAUCUAAUGGGCAUUUGUGCAAAUCCCGAUUAAGAGUGAAUUUUUUUAGGCUCAUUUUUUCUGUAGUUUCUUUAAUUAUUUCAGUUAAUCUUCACCCUUUGCACCCUAAUAUCAUUUCCUUUAUUUUCAUGAUCUUACUGAAUGAUUCAGUAGUAUUACAGUAAGGAGAAAUUAGAUGCUGGUCACUCCAAGGGUUUUAAGGUUAAGAGAACAUUUUGUCCUUUGUGUAAUAUCUGAGGGUCAAAAUGCAAUGAAGUAUCAUUUGGAAAUGUGGAAAUUGAAUGACAGUGAUGAAAGCACCAGUUGUUGCCAAUAGGCCAUGGCAAACUCAUAAAAAGAUUCACAGGAGUAAAACUUUUUAAUAUGCUCAAUCAUUUUGUUUACAAUUUUUUUCUAGGCUUUUUUAUUUAGCAUGAAAGUUCCAUCAUCUUGAAGCUGCUUAAUAAUACUAAAAUUUACCUUACUUGAUGAUAUACCUGUAAAUUGCUUAAAUUUUUUUUUUCUUUUUGUAGUUAGUCAAAAGUAAAAGAUAAUUUAUUUUGUUGGGCACCUUUAAUUUCAUAUCAUAAGAGCCUGAAGUGCCUUCCCAUCUUAGGUUGUAAGUAUUCAAGGAAAGCAUGGUCAUUUAACGAUAAGUUUCUCUUCACAGAAUCAUUCAAGUUUUUGUAACUUCAUUUCUUCUUAGAGAAUGUAUCAGUCAAAUUUGUGAAAGAGCAUUGAGUCUAUUAGCCAAGUAUGAAAAACUGUAUGAUAGUAGGUAGGUGUACUGGAACAGAAACCUGAUUAAUUUCUGCUCAUGGCUGGCAAAUUUUGUCAAGUGGAUAUAGAAUAAAGUGAUAUAAAUUGAAUAAAAUUGAUUUUUGAAAAUAAGCAGCAGAUGAUUGCAUUGACUGAUCUUUACAGACCCUUUCUUUGACCAGAUUUUAAUAGCUAUUAAGCUAGAAAAGAUUGAUGCAAACAACCAUUCCUUUUUUUAUAUUUCUUCUUAUAGUUGAGGGAGGACAAAGAUUGCAGCAUCUUAUCAAGGCAGUAAGUAAUUGCUAAAAUGGAAUGUAGAGAUGAUCAAAGGUCACAUCUGCAUUUCACUGUUUGAUAUUGUUCCUUGCUUUUUGGGGUUUGGUUUGGACUGAAGUGCUCUGAAAUACUGGACAAUCAAUACAUUAUAUUACUUGUUAUAUAUUGCUUGUUCAUGGAUGGCUCUUUAAGCAAAGUUAAGUCUUGAAACAUUAAUAGUCUAGUAGCUAGGUCACAGGUCAUCAAUGACUUUGCCAAGUCUUCUUUUUGAAAUUAUUCAAAAUCCACACCACAUUUUUUAAAAUCUGGUUUGAAAUUGGAUCUCUGUCAUCUGUGAAUAGAUUUGAAAGACACUGCUAGAUUUUAUCAGUAAUAAGAGUGGGCUUGCACAAUCUCCCAGGAACAAGUGAAAAUUUCACAAAAGUUGCUCUUUUUCUUUAUUUAUUAAGUCAAUCCUUUCUUUUAUACAGAAAAUUUCUACCACUGUUUCAUGAAAACACUCAAGAUGGCAUACAGUAGUAUUUUUAACCCUAAGCAUUGAUGCUAAAUUGAAAUUAAUAGUUCUCACUGUUUUGCAUCCUACAACAAAAAGUUAAAAUUAGAUCUCUGUGAAAAAAUCUUACUCAGCAAAUAGCUAAUUUUACCAAUCUAGGGAGGAGAGGAAAUCAAACAGAUCUUGAUUUUAAGUUAAAUUAGGUAAAAAACAAGUACAUAAAGCUUGUCACACUGAUCUAAACAAGACAAUUAUCAAUCUAUCUGACAAAAAUUGAAAGUAAUCUGCAUUUACUUAAUAGCCUGUAAUAGUCUAGUAGCUAGGUCACAAGUCACUAAUGACUUUGCCAAGUCUUCUUUUUUUGAAACUAUUUGAAAUUCACACUGCGUUAUUUAAAAUCUAGUCUGAAACUGGAUCUUUAUCGUCUGUGAAUGGAUUUGUGAGACACUGCUAGAUUUAAUCAGUGAUGAGAGUGGGCUUGCAUGGCUACAAUCUCCCAGGAACAACAAGUGUAAAUUUGGCAAAAGUUGCUGUUUUUCUUCAUUUAUUAAGUCACUCCCUUCAUUUAUAUUGCAAAUUUCUACCACUUUUUCAUGAAAGUACUCAAGAUGGCAUACAAUAGUAUUUUUAACCCUAAGCAUUGAUGUUAAAUUGAAAUCAAUAAGUUUCACUGUUUAACGUCUUGUGACUAAAAGUUAAAACUAGAUUACUGUGAAAAAUCUUUCUUAGCAAAUAGCUAGUUUUACCAAUCUAUUAAACAGCUCUUGAUUUUAAAGUUAGAUUAAAAACAAGUAAAUUUAGCUUGUCUCACUGAUUUCUACAAGAUAAUUAUCAAUCCAACCAACAAAGACUGAAAGUAAUUUCCAUUUACUUACAGGUAAGUAACUUUGAUUUGUAAAAGUCAUUGAAUAUCUUAAAUGUUUUGAUGAAAGAAUAAGCUGAAGUUUGUACAUGAUACCAAGAAGUAUAUGAAACCUAUGUGUUUAUAAGCCUUUAACUCCCAGAAGUGAUUAACAUGUAACUUCUCCCUCUAAUAUCCAUACAUUAUCCAGGAAACAGGUAGUGAGAAUACUCAAACUAAUCAGGUGCAAGAUAUUGCCUUGAUUGAACACCAAAUUGUCAAAACCAAAAAAUAUCUUCAUAUUCAUAGUCUUUUUCUGUUUCCAUGUCUGUCUUUUAAUUUAUACUGAAUCUUCCACUUGUUUUUACUGCUAAACUAGGGAUGCCCGUGAUCAUGGCCAACCAACUGGGUAAGGGUGAGACAAGCUUUUUUAAGGUCACUUUUUCUAGACCCCUCUCUAUUCAGGGCAAGCAGUGCAUCCCUAGAAAAGGCUGCUUGGUUGCUUGGGGUGAGCCAAAUGAUGUUAUUAUCUCUGCUGGCAGGCAAGUGACCAUGUUACUUCAGACCACCUACAUGCAGAGUUAUGACUGCAACUUCAGUGCCGUCUAGCAUCUGUCAUUUUUGCCAUGCUCCAUCACUGCAGGUCUUUAUUCCCUCUCUACCCUCUGUACAUGUAAAGUGAGAGGUGGCAUCUCCUAUCUUCUGGCUAAAGAGCUUGCUGUCAAAAGAACAAUGACUAUUUACCCAUACCUAAAGCACAGGUAAAGGACUCUCUGUCAUGUCCUUGGACCCAGCGUAAUUGCAUGACUGAACUGUCCAUUACACCUGGCGUUAGAUAGGUUUGGAUGAAGGUGUCCUUAUCUUAGGUGGAUUACUGGUACCCUCCCAGGCUAACGAGCUCCACCUACCCAGGCUAGGGCUUUUAAGGCGGCCCUUACCCGCCUGAUGUACUCGUCAUUGGAUUUAUGGAGCAUUUUAUAGAGGAAGCAGUGCCAUCUGCAGCCUCACCCCAUCCUGGUAAGUACACUGCCAGUUUGGUCUGCAACUCCUUAUUCACAAGGAAGCCAGCUUAUUCGGAGCUAACCUUCACUAAAGACCUUUCACUAUCCACCACCUUUUAACCUGCUGUGUUGGGGAUGGUCGCCCCUGAUUAGCACCAAGAUAAAUGAAAACUUUGAGUAAUUACAAUUAAAAACAAUAAUCAUCCAAUCCAUCAUAAAUGUAACAAAAACUUGGAAUUCCUCCUCUUCAUAUGAAAACUAAUAUUUAUUACAUCUAACUGCACCUGUGCAAGUAUUCUUAAAAGUAUGGGCCUCUGUGGCCUUUAGCAGUAGACUCUAGUGUGUGAGAGGAAGAAGAUAUUCUACGGCUGCUUUAUUUCCAUUCUCUGCAGCCCACAUUAAGGGUGUCUUAUCACAACCAUCCCUGGAAUUAGGGUUGUGACCACGCUUAAGCAGCAUCUCAAUGGCUGCAACAUCGCCACUCAUUGCUGCAGCAGUAAGAACAGUCCACCCCCUCUCACUUUUCAAAUGUUCAUCAGCACCCCUUUCAAGCAGAUAGUUUGCAGCCUUCAAUUUGCCACUCACCAAGCAAGCCAACAGUGGUGUUAAACCAAGGUCAGUACAUCUAGCAUUUAUGUCAAAAUUUUCAGAGAGCACAGCCUCAAUAGUGAGAAAAUUGCUAGAAAGAGCUGCUAAAUGGAGCAGACCAAAUUCUAGAUUAUUACGAAGUAAUGGAUCAGCACCUUGAGCAAGAAGAUAUUUUAAAACCUCUGUAUUUCCAGCAACUGCAGCGUGCAUCAAUGGUGUCUCUCCCUGAUUAUCUCUAUCAUCAAUGCUACAACCAUGUGAGAGCAGCAACUCAAUGGCUGCAACAGAACCAGCUUUUACUGCCAAGGACAAAUGAGAGAAUUGUCCCUCUGAGGUUUUCAAACUUCCAUCAGCACCCUUCUCAAGCAGAUAUUUUAAUGCCUCCAAUUUGCCAAAUCUAAUUGAAACCAUUGCAGGGGUUAUACCCAGACUUUGAGCUCUGGAAUCAAUAUCAAGACCUUUAGAAAGCAUGGUCUCAAUAAUAACUACAUUGCCAGACUGAGCAGCAAAAUGGAGAAGGCUCCAUCCAUUUUGCCCUUUCAGGAAUGGAUCUGCUCCAUGUUCAAGAAGACAAUUUACAGCCUCUAUCUGUCCAAAAGCUGCAGCAUAGGCUAAUGGUGUGUUUCCCUCGCCAUCUCUUGGAUCAGGUCUGAGAUCAUAGGAGAGUAACAUCUCAAUUAUUACUGCAACACUUCCUUCUUGUGAUGCAAUGUGUAAAACAUUCCCCUUGUCAGGUCCAUAUGUCAACGAUAUAUCUGCACCCCGUUGAAGAAGAUACUUCACAACUUCAACAUGAUUUCCCUUAACAGCAAUUAUCAAUGGGGUGGCUGAUCCUUCAUCUUUUGAAUCAAUGUCAAUGUCAAAAGAGAGAGCUCUCUCCACAAUGGAAGUGUUGCCACCUUCAGCUGCCGCAUGAAGCAGAUUUUUUCCCAUGAAGUUUUUAAGGUGUGGAUCAGCUCCCUUGCUGAGAAGAAGGUUUACUGCCCUCUCUUUUCCUGUAACAGCUGCCACCAUUAAUGGUGUUGUACCAUCAUUACACAUAGUUUUACCUCUGGCAUUAAUAUCAAGACCUUUAGAAAGCAUGGUCUCAAUAAUGAUGACAUUGCCAGACACAGCAACAAAAUGGAGAAGGCUCCAUCCAAUUUUCCCUUUCAGUGAUGGAUCUGCUCCAUGUUCAAGAAGACAAUCUACAGCCUUUUUCUGUCCAUAAGCUGCAGCAAGGGCUAAUGGCGUGUUUCCCUCGCCAUCUCUUGAAUCAGGUUUUAAUUCAUAGGAGAGCAACAUCUCAAUUGCUGCAACACUUCCGUACUGUGAUGCAAUGUGUAAAACAUUCCUCUUGGUAAAUCCAUAUUUCAAAGAUAUAUCUGCACCCCGUUGAAGAAGAUAUUUCACAACUUCAACAUGGUCGUUUAUAACAGCAAAUAUCAAUGAGGUGGCUGAACGUUCAUCUUUUGAAUCAAUGUCAAUGUCACAAGAGAGCAUGCUCUCCACAAUGAAAGUGUUGCCACCGUAAGCUGCUGCAUGAAGCAGAUUUCUUCCCAUGAAGUCUUUAAGGUGUGGAUCAGCUCCCUUGCUGAGAAGAAGGUUUACUGCCCUCUCGUGUCCAUUAGCGGCUGCCACCAUUAACGGUGUUAUACCAUAAUUAGUGCUUGAAUUUAUGUCUAGCCCAGAAGAUAGCAAAGUCUCAAUUAUAACCUCACUACCACCCACUGCAGCAGAAUGUAAGUGAGUCCACCCUCUGGUUUCAACAGGCACACCUCUUUCAAUGUCAGAAGUUUCUAUAGCUGGCGAGGAAAUUGAUUGAGUGUAGUUAUCAGCACCAGCAAGGAGCUCAGAACAAGCUGUGUUCUCAACAAUGCCCUGAAUAGAAUCUCCAUGUUGAACACCAGCUGUUGAUAAAUACAACAAUUAAUGAAACAAGAAUGUGUGUGAAUGUAUUGUUAGAAAGGUCCAAAGGUUGGAAAUUCAAGACUUUGAUGCCUAACUUUAUCUAAUUGAUUUAGAUUUUUUGCAGUUUAAAUCCACAAGAGACGUACCCAGAGAAUCAACUUUUAAUUCUGAACACUGGCAGCAUGCAUGCCAGCUAAUCUUUUUAGAUCACUUAAAGUGAUUUAUUGAAAACUCUGAGGGUGCCCUCUCACCUAGGUGACACAAGGGUCCCAACCCACCAAAUAGAGUUCUGUAGAGUGAAAUUACAGCAAUAAAUUCUCUACUCCUCUGAAAAACUGUUAAUGAUAGAUUACUUUUAUGAAGCUUUCCUCACCCAAACUAUUUGCUCACCACACCACAGCAACAAAGCAACACCACUGCAUGAUCUCAUUUCCAGCCUCUUUGUAAAUAAAACCAUAUCACAACCCAAGUUUUAUACUCUUUUCCUUUGAAGGUGCAAGAUUUUGGAUUUCAACCAGGAACAAUUUUUUUUUACUUGGUGGAAAUGAAACAUGUCAUUGAUGUUUUCAUUGUUGGACAUACAUGUCUUGUUUGAUCAACAAAUUGAUGACAGAAAGAUAUGAGUUAUCAUGGUUGGAUGGAUGGACUAAUUAGUUGACUAAUUGAUACAAUGGAAUGGUGUAAAAUAUACCUGGACAAGGAACUGGGUCUGAUAACUCUCCAGAGACCUCACUUUUUUUCUUCACAACAGUAUUAACAUUGCUUGGGCUAGGAGCUGUAUGUUUCCUAUUUCUGAUGACCAGUUUUUUUUUUGUGACCAGCAGUGGACAGUACAGUGGAGGAAGAGGUACCUAAGGGAAAAGUAUAAAGAGCCAUUCAUGAUGUUAGCAACAUGAUAACAGGUCAAACCAAAAUGCAAUUAACUGACUGUGUACCAUGUACAAAACUUAUCUAAACUACAUCAUUGUUGGUUGUUUGAGCCAUAAUUUAAGAUCAACAUUGAAAAAACUGGCGAAAACUGGUGAAAACUGUUUCACCAACCCAGCCUCUACCAUCUUAAUCCUCCCUUAUAGCAAAGGAGAGAGUGAGGGAAAACUAAAUUGAGUGCAAUUUCCAUUCAAAAAAAUAUUUUGAAUGAGAACUUAAUGUAUUUGGAAGCAUUCUUAGUUUAGUUCUACCAUUAAAGUUAAUUUAACAGCAUCUUUUAAUUCACCUUCCAUUCUUUCAUACAUCGCUCUUCUGGUUCUUCUUUAGGAUCAAAGGAGGAAGUUUCAGGAAGAGGAAACAUGCCUAAAAACAAAGGUAUACAGAGAGAAAUUAGUAUUUCUACUGAUAAAUAGUAAGAAACAGGCAUACCAACUUGUAUUUAAAGAUAGAUCUAGAAAAGCUAUUGAAAACCUCUAUUUGAUAUUCAAAUAA